CCGGGGGAAGGGGGGUUAUAUGGGGAUGCCGCUGCACUUUCUGGGGCUCCGGGAUCCCCUCCCCCGCUGCCUGCUGGGGCCUCCCUUAGCGCCCCUCCACCUCGCCUCCUUUCACCCCUUCGCGCCCCACCCCCACCGCGCGGCCGGACCUUGCACGGGGCCUCGCAAUCCCGGCGCUCGAAUCCCCGCCCCUUGCACGGCGGAACGCGGCCAAGGAAGCUGUCCAGGGACCCACCGACAGUCUGACAGACUGACUGACGGACGCACGGCGCCCGAUGGCCGCUCCUGGCGAGCCGUGCGCGGGCCCGGAGGUCUGGAACCAGACGGAGCCCCAGCCCGCCGCUGCCCGCCUGCUGAGCCUGUGCUUCCUGAAAACGGCAGGGGUCUGGGUGCCCCCUAUGUACCUCUGGGUCCUUGGCCCCAUCCACCUCCUCUACAUCCACCACCAUGACAAGGGCUACCUCCAGAUGUCCCGCCUCUUCAAGGCCAAAAUGGUGCUUGGCUUCGCCCUCAUAAUCCUGUGUACCUCCAGCGUGUCUGUGACUCUUUGGAGAAUCCGGCAGGGAACACCCCAGGCCCUAGAGUUCCUCAUACACCCCACCGUGUGGCUCACCACAAUGAGCUUCGCCAUGUUCCUGAUCCACGCUGAGAGGAAGAAGGGGGUCCAGGCGUCCGGGGUGCUCUUUGGGUACUGGCUGCUCUGCUUUCUCUUCCCAGCCACCAGCACCGCCCAGCAGGCCUCGCAAGGGGAUUUCCAGAGUGACCCCUUCCGCCACCUGUCAACCUACCUGUACUUGUCUCUGGUGGUGGCAGAGUUUGCGCUGUCUUGCUUCGCCGAUCAACCGCCCUUCUUCCCUAAAAGGCCCCCGCAGCCUAAUCCAUGUCCAAAGGCUGGGGCCUCCUUCCCCUCCAAGGCCAUGUUCUGGUGGGUUUCUGGGUUAGUUUGGAGGGGCUACUGGAGGCCGCUGGGACCAAAAGACCUCUGGUCGCUUGGGAGAGAAAACUCCUCAGAAGAACUUGUUUCCCAGCUUGAAAAAGAAUGGACAAGGAACUGCAGUGCAGCCCAGCGGCACACCAAGGCGACAGCAUUUAAAAGGAAAGGAAACCGUUGUGCGGAGACCCCAGAGAUGGAGACCCUCCUACAGCAACAAGGGGGCAAGAGGGGCCCACUGCUGAGGGCCAUCUGGCAGGUGGGCCGCUCCACCUUUCUCCUGGGGACCCUCAGCCUCAUCAUCAGUGAUGUCUUCAGGUUCACGGUGCCCAAGCUCCUCAGCCUCUUCCUGGAGUUUACUGGUGACCCCAAGACCCCGGCCUGGCAGGGCUAUCUUCUCGCCAUGCUGAUGUUCCUCUCCGCCUGCCUGCAAACACUGUUCGAGCAGCAGCACAUGUACAGACUCAAGGUGCUACAGAUGAGGCUGCGAAUUGCCAUCACGGGGCUGGUGUACAGAAAGGUCCUGGCUCUGUCCAGCAGCUCCAGAAAGGCCAGCGCAGUGGGGGAUGUGGUCAACCUGGUGUCUGUGGACGUGCAGCGGCUGUCCGAGAGCAUCACCUACCUCAACGGGCUGUGGCUGCCGCUCAUCUGGAUCGUCAUCUGCUUUCUCUACCUCUGGCAGCUUCUAGGACCCUCUGCCCUCACCGCCAUCGCUGUCUUCCUGAGCCUCCUCCCUCUGAAUUUCUUCAUCACCAAGAAGAGGAACCACCAUCAGGAAGAGCAAAUGAGGCAGAAGGACUCUCGGGCACGGCUCACCAGCUGCAUCCUCAGGAACGUGAGGACGGUCAAGUACCACGGCUGGGAGGGAGCCUUUCUGGACAGAGUCCUGCGCAUCCGGGCCCAGGAGCUGGGCGCCUUGAGGACCUCCAGCCUCCUCUUCUCUGUGUCUCUGGUGUCCUUCCAAGUGUCCACGUUUCUGGUGGCACUGGUUGUGUUUGCUAUCCAUACUCUGGUGGCCGAGGAGAAUGCCAUGGACGCUGAGAAGGCCUUCGUGACACUCACGGUUCUCAACAUUCUCAACAAGGCCCAGGCUUUCCUGCCCUUCUCCAUCCACUCCGUCGUCCAGGCCCGGGUGUCCUUUGACCGUCUGGCUGCCUUCCUCUGCCUGGAAGAAAUUGACCCUGAGGCCGUGGACUCAAGGUCCUGCAGAUGUGCCACUGGAGAGGAUUACAUCAGAAUACAGGAAGGCACCUUCGCUUGGUCCCAGGAAAGCCCUCCCUGCCUGCACAGGAUCAACCUCACGGUGCCCCAGGGCUGCCUGCUGGCUGUCGUCGGUCCAGUGGGGGCAGGAAAGUCCUCCCUGCUCUCCGCCCUCCUUGGGGAGCUGUCAAAGGUGGAGGGGUCCGUGAGCAUCAAGGGUCCGGUGGCUUACGUGCCGCAGGAGGCCUGGGUCCAGAACAUGUCCGUGGUAGACAACGUGUGCUUCGGGCAGGAGCUGGACUUGCCGUGGCUGGAGAGGGUCCUGGAGGCCUGUGCCCUGUGGCCAGACGUGGGCAGCUUCCCUGCAGGAGUCCACACCCAAACUGGGGAGCAGGGCAUGAAUCUCUCUGGGGGCCAGAAGCAGCGGCUGAGCCUGGCCCGGGCUGUGUACAGGAAGGCUGCUGUGUACCUGCUGGAUGACCCCCUGGCAGCCCUGGAUGCCCAUGUCGGCCAGCAUGUCUUCAACCAGGUCAUCGGGCCUGAUGGGCUGCUCCAGGGAACGACACGGAUUCUCGUCACCCAUGCGCUCCACGUCCUGCCCCAGGCUGAUUGGAUCGUGGUGCUGGAAGAUGGGGCCAUUGCAGAAAUGGGUUCCUUUCAGGAGCUUCUGCACAGGAAGGGGACCCUGGCGGGCCUUCUGGAUGGAGCCAGACAGCCAGGAGAUGGAGGAGAAGGAGAAGCAGAGCCCCCGGCCAGUGCCAAGGACCGCAGAGGCUCUGCUGGAGGUGCGAGGCCCGAGGGUGGACCAGAGAGGUCCAUGAAGUUAGUCCCUGAGAAGGACAGCGCCACUUCAGAGGCCCAGACAGCGGUUCCCCUAGAUGAUCCUGAGGGGGCAGGACAGCCAAAAGGAGAGGACAGCAUGCAAUAUGGCAGGGUGAAGGCUACCAUGUACCUGACCUACCUACGAGCUGUGGGCACCCCACUCUGCCUCCACGCACUUUUCCUCUUCCUCUGCCAGCAAGUGGCCUCCUUCUGCCGUGGCUACUGGCUGAGCCUGUGGGCAGACGACCCCACCGUGGACGGACGGCAGACUCACGCAGCCUUGCGGGGCUGGGUCUUUGGGCUCCUGGGCUGCCUCCAAGCAAUCGGGCUCUUUGCCUCCAUGGCCACAGUGCUCCUAGGCGGGAUCCGGGCAUCCAGCCUGCUCUUCCGGGGGCUCCUGUGGGACGUAGCACAGUCUCCUAUUGGCUUCUUUGAGCGGACGCCCAUUGGGAACCUGCUGAACCGCUUCUCCAAAGAGACAGACAUAGUAGAUGUGGACAUCCCAGACAAAGUCCGGUCUCUGCUGAUGUAUGCCUUCGGACUCCUGGAAGUUGGCCUGGUGGUGACGGUGACCACCCCGCUGGCUGUCGUGGCCAUCCUGCCGCUGCUGCUCCUCUAUGCUGGGUUUCAGAGCCUGUAUGUGGCCAGCUCGUGCCAGCUCAGACGCCUGGAAUCAGCCAGGUACUCAUCCGUGUGUUCCCAUGUGGCCGAGACGUUCCAGGGCGGAGCAGUGGUCAGGGCCUUCCGGGUCCAGGGCCGCUUUGUGGCUCAGAACGACGCACACAUGGAUGAAAGCCAGAGAGUCAGUUUCCCGCGGCUGGUGGCUGACAGGUGGCUCGCUUCCAACCUGGAGCUCGUGGGGAACGGGCUGGUGUUCGCGGCCGCCCUGUGCGCAGUCCUGAGCAAGGCCCACCUCAGCCCCGGCCUCGUGGGCUUCUCUGUCUCGGCCGCCCUGCAGGUGACCCAGACGCUGCAGUGGGCUGUUCGCAGCUGGACAGACCUGGAGAGCAGCAUCGUGUCGGUGGAACGAUUGAAGGACUACGCCCAGACGCCCAAGGAGGCACCCUGGAGGCCGGCCACCUGUGCAGCCCAGCCCCCCUGGCCUCGUGGGGGGCAGAUCGAGUUCCGGGACUUUGGGCUGAGAUACGGACCCGAGCUCCCGCUGGCCGUGCGGGGAGUGUCCUUCAAGAUCCAUGCAGGAGAGAAGGUGGGCAUCGUUGGCAGGACAGGGGCAGGAAAGUCCUCCCUGGCCGGGGGCCUGCUGCGGCUCCUAGAGGCGGCUGAGGGCGGGAUCUGGAUCGACGGGGUCCCCAUCGCCCAAGUGGGGCUGCACACACUUCGGUCCAGGAUCACCAUCAUCCCCCAGGACCCCAUCCUGUUCCCCGGCUCUCUGCGAAUGAACCUCGACAUGCUACACGAGCACUCGGACGAAGCCAUCUGGGCGGCCCUGGAGACGGUGCAGCUCAGAGCCGCGGUGGCCAGCCUGCCCGGCCAGCUGCACUACGAGUGUGCCGACCAAGGCGACAACCUGAGCCUGGGCCAGAAGCAGCUCCUGUGUCUGGCACGUGCCCUUCUCCGGAAAACCCAGAUCCUCAUCCUGGAUGAGGCCACGGCUGCUGUGGACCCAGGGACGGAGCGCCAGAUGCAGGCCGCCCUGGGGAGCUGGUUUGCACAGUGCACGGUACUACUCAUCGCCCACCGCCUGCGCUCCGUGCUGGACUGUGCCAGGGUGCUGGUCAUGGACGAGGGGCAGGUGGCAGAGAGCGGCAGCCCGGCCCAGCUGCUGGCCCAGAGGGGCCUAUUUUACAGGCUGGCGCAGGAAUCAGGCCUGGUCUGAGCCCAGCCCCUGCAUCCUCCUCCCGCCCCACCAACCCGGAGAGUCUGCCAGGUCCUGGAGACACAGUGACCCGGGGUCAUCAGUGGCCACGUGGAAUUGAGUCUAGACCCCCCUCUGCUCUCUGGGAGGAGAAAAUGCCCGAUCACCCCAGACCCAAGAGGACACAGCAACCCGCAGGUUGGCCUGAUCAGGGCUCAUCCAGCCCCAUCUACCCUGGAGCCAAAGUCGACAGCAGCUCUCUGCCCUUGCUGCCCACUGUACUCACCUGGAGACUCCAAAAAACUGCAUGUGCCCAGGCUCCACCAUAGACCAAUAAAAUGAGAAUCCCUGGGGCUGGGGCUGGAACAAUGGUGUGUGUACCUUUUACAGAGUAACCUUUUAUUUUGAGAUGAUUGUAGAUUGACAAGCAGUAAAAAAUAAUCCAGAAAACUCCUUGUGUACCCUUUACUACU